AAAUAGUUAUACUUUUAUUUAAUAUUUUCAAUACUUAUAUUGCAUUAUGAGAAAUUCCGACUAAUUGAUUUUUUCUGGUAACAAUUUAAUAAAUUGAAAAAAUGAUUUAAUAAUUAAAUAAUGUUAGUUUUAAGUAGAGGGUGCAUAAUCUUUUAGGUGAACACACAUUUAUAUUAUAUAAUAAUGUUUUUUUUGUAAAACUGUAGUGAUUUGUCAGUAUACAUCACCGGUCAAUGAGUCAGACAUGAUUGUUUCGUGGGAAAACCCGAGAAUUCAACCGGGUAUAACAAGAGAAGAGGAAUUGAUUUUAUUACAAGCAUUAAUACCCACGAUUUCAAGUUAUCUAUUAAUACAUAAGGAAAUGAUAGCACGCUAUUUAUUUCUUAUACCAAAUCACUACGCAGACAAGCAGCUGUUAAAAGAUAUUGAAUCUAUAAUUCAUGAUUAUGAUAACAAACUUUCGGGACUUUAUCAUUGGAUAUUGAAUGUCAAAACGCCUUACGAAGAAGAUUUACUUAAACGAUGUUCUUUUAAAAUGAAUUUAACUGAAAAAGAAAAAUCAAUUUUAAAAGAAUAUUAUCUCCGACAUAAUCUCGAUCCCGAUGAACAAUUUGAUAUACGAAAAGAAUUCGUCAAGUCACUAGAUUUUGUAUAUGCGCCAAGUAAUCGUCAAGCUAGAGAAACUCAAUAAAAUAGAAACAUAAAAAACAUUAUAUAAUUUUAUGGUAAAGAUAUAUUAUUAUUAUUGUACAAUAUACCAGUAUCACUAUAGAUUUUCCUUGAUUAUAUUUAUUAUAAAAUUUUUAAAUAUGACAUUUUCUAUUUAAUAAUAAUUUUUAGAGUGAUUCUCAUAUCACGAACCACUUAAAUAAUCAAAAUAUAAA